UGUCCUUACGUCAGAGGUUUUGGCAGCCCGCGGGUGAACUAUUUUCUUCAUUGUUGACCUUUCCUAAAUCUAAGGUGUAUUUAUUUCAUCACAAUAAGAUUUCUGGUUGUGCAUUCACUAUAAAUCAUACAAAUUUAGUUAAAGUUUGCAACGAUGGAUUCGGAAGAUGACACGAAAGACGAUGUGGACUCGGGUAAUGAGUCUAGUGGAGACGAUGUCGACUUUGCAAUGGACGUUGAAACUCAUAGUACAAGGGAAAGACAAACUGAGCUUGAGGAGUAUCCUUACGAGGUUUUGUCUACAGAGGAGAUUGUCCAACAUAUGGUUGACUGCAUUAAAGAAGUGAACACUGUCGUCGAGAUUCCAGCAACAACAACAAGGAUCUUACUGAAUCAUUUCAAAUGGGACAAAGAGAAGCUUAUGGAACGUUUUUAUGAUGGAGACCAGGAUCAGUUGUUCUCUGAAGCUAGAGUUAUCAAUCCAUUCAGGAAACCUGUCAUACAAAGGCCAAAGCUUCCCAGGAGGAUAUCAACGUCUGGUAUGGAAGAAUGUGAAAUAUGUUUCUCAGUUUUACCAACCUCUAUUAUGACUGGGUUGGAAUGUGGUCACAGAUUUUGCACGCAAUGCUGGUGUGAAUAUUUAACUACGAAAAUAAUGGAAGAAGGCUUAGGUCAAACAAUAGCUUGUGCCGCUCACGCCUGCGACAUACUUGUUGACGAUGCGACCGUGAUGCGGCUAGUACGAGACUCUCGUGUUAAACUUAAAUAUCAACACAUUAUAACGAAUAGUUUUGUGGAGUGCAACCGGCUGCUGCGCUGGUGCCCGUCCCCGGACUGCAGCAACGCGAUCAAGGUGGCGUACGUGGAGGCGGCGCCGGUGACGUGCCGCUGCGGACACACGUUCUGCUUCGCCUGCGGAGAGAACUGGCACGAUCCGGUCCGGUGCUGUUUACUGAGGAAGUGGAUUAAGAAAUGCGACGACGAUUCGGAGACCUCAAAUUGGAUAGCGGCUAACACGAAGGAGUGUCCCAAGUGCAACGUCACCAUUGAGAAGGACGGCGGCUGCAACCACAUGGUGUGCAAGAAUCAGAAUUGCAAGGCCGACUUCUGCUGGGUGUGUCUUGGACCUUGGGAGCCCCACGGCAGCAGCUGGUACAGCUGUAACAGAUACGACGAGGACGAAGCGAAAGCAGCCCGGGACGCACAGGAGCGAUCCCGCGCAGCCCUACAGCGCUAUCUGUUCUACUGCAACCGGUACAUGAACCACAUGCAGUCGCUGCGCUUCGAGUCCAAACUCUACGCCUCGGUUAAAGAGAAGAUGGAGGAGAUGCAGCAACACAACAUGAGCUGGAUUGAGGUCCAAUUCCUCAAGAAAGCUGUAGAUAUUCUCUGCCAGUGCCGACAAACGCUGAUGUACACGUACGUGUUCGCGUAUUACUUGCGCAAGAACAACCAGUCGGUCAUAUUCGAGGACAACCAACGCGACUUGGAGUCGGCGACCGAAACACUCUCGGAAUAUUUGGAGCGGGACAUAACUAGCGAGAACCUUGCCGAUAUCAAGCAGAAGGUUCAAGAUAAAUACAGAUACUGUGACAGUCGGCGAAAAGUGUUAUUAGAGCACGUGCACGAGGGAUACGAGAAGGACUGCUGGGACUACACAGAGUAAACACAUUGCCUCUCUAUAAACUGUGUCGCGGGUCGCUAUCCUGCACCCGUUUGCACUUAAGGCUGAUUUACACAAGAGAGCUUCUCAUCUUGAAUUAUUCAGAAACGAGUAUCAAUCGGAUGAUAGUUUAAAGAUUUUGGCGCUUCGAGAAGCAGAACUUGUAAUGUUUGUUCCCACGACUAGCACUGCUAGUGUCGAAGAGAGUUUACGAAGAAGCUUAUGAAGAGAUUUAUAUCUAGAAGAGAGUUCUUUUUGUAAAUCAGUCUUCACGCAAACUCGCGUGCGUUGUACGGACACAAAAUAGUGUCA